UUCGUUGCUGAGGAUCAUUUUGUUCCGGGUUUAUUUUCUCGACAGACUUUGGAUAUCACAUCUCGCACCUUUCCUUCCGCAUUUUACCACCCAGCAGUUUCAGUGAAUGAAAAGUGUGUGUUUGCUGUCAGUCAGAGGGGCACUUUGAAGGUGUGUGCGCAUUGAUCCACUGCAGCAGCAUGUUGCCACCUGUGAAGAAGGACCGGGUCAUUGCUCAGCUUCCAACUUGUUUCAGUCCGAAUGCAGCGCUGCACACCAAAGAUGGCUUCCACCCACAGGUGAAGGCUGCAUGCCAGGUACAGAAGACAGACACAGUGAGCUUUAAUAUCGCGAAGGUCAUCGUGGUGGGAGAUGUUGCGGUUGGGAAAACAUGUCUGAUCAGCAGGUUUCGUAAGGGUGCGUUUGAUAAGAACUACAAAGCAACCAUAGGAGUGGAUUUUGAGAUGGAGCGUUUCGAGGUGCUCGGUGUUCCCUUCAGCUUACAGCUGUGGGACACUGCAGGUCAGGAGCGCUUCAAAUGCAUCGCUUCAACGUAUUACAGAGGAGCACAAGCCAUUAUAGUGGUGUUCGACUUGAGCAGUGAGAGCUCUUUAACACAUGCCAGGCAGUGGCUGGAGGACGCCAUGAAGGAAAAUGACCCGUCCAGUGUUCUACUGUUCCUUGUCGGUACCAAGAAAGACCUCAGUUCUCCUGAUCAGUUGGUUCAGAUUGAGGAGGAAGCCAUCAGACUCUCUGAGGAAAUCAAAGCAGAGUACUGGGCUGUGUCUGCCAAGUCAGGAGACGGUGUCGGGGACUUCUUCUUCCGCGUGGCCUCUCUGACAUUUGAGGCAAACGUUUUGUCCGAGAUCGAGAAAAGUGGCUCGAGGCACGUCGGAGACAUUAUCAGACUCACAGACAGAACAGAAGGCGAUGACAAACCGAGCAAGAGGAAAUCCAACUGCUGCUGAUGAGAGAGGACGGCCGCUUGGAGACACUUUACUGACCACACAGCAACACAGAACGGCACAAUGAGGCGGGAAAUUAAACUCUGCGCGCUCAUUGUGGAUGUCAUGAAUAGGCUGCGUCAAUAGCGAUGUAAUAUCUGUAAAAGCUGCAUUUGUGUUGUUCUGCCAAACAGCCUGAGAGGAGGUUGUACAUAAUGAGUUCUAAGACGAGGAUGUAACCAACAAGACGUCCUCUCAGGAAUGUUUGCGCUGCUGGCCGGGGUUACAACAAAUAAAGCCUUGUGAGAUGCUUGUUAACAUUUUUAUGAGAGAAAAUCCCUCUAGAUAUGUUAUUAAAUGGCUCUUGCUUUCAUAAGUAGUCCGUCUGUGGCAACUUCUUUCUCACACAUUGAAGAAAAUAUCAGCACCACACUUGGUGUGUGGUUUUUUUGUUUUUGGUUUCCUCGC